AUGGCUAAUGUGCCACUUCUAGGGCUUUUCAACGAGGGGCUUGCCUCGUUUGUAGUUGACCAGGCUCGGCAGGCUUGUGAGCCGAGCCAGUCUCGAAUUAAUAGGGGUGUUUUAGAGGUGAGGUUUGUAAUUGGACGGAAGUUCCUCAAGAACCCCUACGGCUACAAUGCAAGAUACAAUUACUACUACACAGGGCGUACUGAUGUUGCAACUACUGUUUUGCUAGCUCUGAGUGGGAAGUUCGACAUGAUGAAGAUGAGGGAACUUAUCGCCCAUUGGGUGCUCAUGCAUGAGCAUCCAUUUAUGGUUGUGGAGGAAGAGGGCUUAAGUAACAUGAUGAAGUAUGAGAUUCUUGAAUGGACUCCGGUUUCCCGCCAUACUUGUAAAAAAGAUUGUAUGAAGGUAUAUGAAAGUGAGAAGGUGAAAUUGAAGACUUUGUUGAAGAGUGUGACAAAGAUUAGUUUGACUACGAACUUAUGGAAUUUAGGGAAUUAG